CUGCGCUUCAACUUUUGCUUUUGUGUCAUAGAGCUCGCCCAGCAUGGUCCCAGAUCCUGAUUCCAUAUCGCAGGAAAGUGGUCCCUCGGUCAGUUCGUCUGGUAGGACCAACACGCCAUUACAAUUCACUGGAGCCUCCCCCGGUCAUGAGGCGACAGAACGUGAAGUCAGUGAGGGCGUUGGGCUGACAACGGGGGAUGCGCCCAGCAGCUCGCUCUUUACUUUCCAAUUCCAGUCUCGCCUUCCACCAGCCCAAAGCUCGCGCGCCGCUCAACCACCAGCUUCCGGCUUCAGCUUCCGCUUCGGUUCACUGGUUAACUCGACACAGCAUCCAACUUCCCUAGGCCAGGCCGCCCCGCCAGCAGGCCAAGCGACGUUACAAUGCAUUUCGGGCCCGUCAACGCCUCCUGCAUCAGUAGCACAACUGACGCAGAGCCUAGAGCGCGCCGAAAUCUCCUCGUCCACGGCGGAUGUGCCACACGAUUCGAGCCCCUCGUACCCUGACAAACGCCCGCGGCUAGGUGUUCCAUUGUCGAUAGAGGCUAAGGGCACCGGCCCUGCGCCGGUCGCCUCAUGUCAGUCAACAAAAGGCGAGUCUACCAGACCAACGCCGUAUGAUCCUCGCAAGGAGCAGCCACCUGAUCAUGAGCUCUUUUCCUCUGCGUUGCAAGCCAGACUUGCGAGCGCCAAGGUCCUUGUCCAAGACACUGUCAGUUAUAUCGGGCACAGCAAAGAUGCCUUUCCCCUCGAAGCGGAUAAGCUGUCUGUAGUGCUUGACUAUGCGCAUAAAUUGCUGGAGUUCAAACCCUCCGCAAUCACGAGGGUGGCCUUGCUGGGUAGUUCUGGGCAUGGCAAGAGCAGCCUGAUCAACUCGCUUCUUCACUGGCCGGAUCUGGCUGAGACGGACGACUCUGGCAAGGCAUGUACGUCAGUCGUGACAGAAUACAGAUAUCCCCUUGAGGACCAGUCUGAUCCUAUCAAGAUAUGCAUCGAUUAUAUGUCACGAAGCGAAAUCGUCAAAGUCCUGAGCGAGCAGGUCCAUAACUUCAGACAGUUCUAUGUACCAGGCGUCAAGGAAUCGCUGGCAGCCAGGGUUGAGCACGUGCGACUCAAGAAUCAGUCUGAGGAGGCGUGGGUUACUCUCAAGUCCAUUUUUCGUCACGACAAGCGCUUUACGGCAGAUUUCCUCAAGGGUCGUUUGGUGGACGCCGGAACUCAAGAGGCUAGUGGCGCGGGUAUACUGGAAGAGGUCGAGAAAAUCACCCAACAGUUGGUCGGCUGGGCAGAAAGUGCCGGAUGGCUGGGCGAAGAGGAACCAGAUUCUUCCUACGCCGAAGCUAGGACUGCCGCGGAAUGUCAUCGAAAGCUAGCUGGAUUCCGGAAGAAUAGACUCUGGCCUUUCGCCAAAUUGGUCCAGAUAUACGUCGACGCGGAAGUGCUUAAGAGCGGCGUCGUUCUUGCUGAUCUGCCAGGCCUACAGGACUCGAAUGGCACACCGGUACGAACUGUAACCGACUAUCUUGCAGGAUGCGACCAUUUGUUUAUGGUCUCGAGGAUUCAUCGAGCAGUGACCGACGAUACACUGUGGCAAUCUAUAACCAAAGCUAUAUCGGAUUAUGCCCCAUCAAAGUGGGAAACUGUCUCAGACAAGAUGAAUUUGACCAUCGUGUGCACGAUGGCUGAUGACAUGGAUGUCGAAGAGCAAAGCAGAAGAUUCUGUGGGCCAGGCAAGGUCAUUGAAACGGGAACCAUGAGAGGCAUCGAGCUCGAGAUAGAGGUGGCAAUCGACAAUAACGACCUGAGAGGACUGAAGCGCGCCCAAGCCAAACAAAAGCAGCUCCUUAUGGAAGCCAGGAACAAAUUCGUCAAGGCAGCACUGCAAAAGACUUUCGAGGGACAGAUGUCCCACAGGUCGCUGCCCAUAUUCUGUGUUUCCAAGGCAUUUUACAAGGAGCAUGUUGCGCAAGGCAAUAUCGAACUUGUCCAAGCUUCUGGAAUACCACAGCUACGGCAACAUUGUCGUGGCAUCUCCGCCGAUGGCGAGCUGUCGUCUGUGUCUCAUUCUUUGAUGGCACGGAUGUCCUUUUUGUUCAAUUUGCUGGACGUCUGGCUUGCGGGACUUCCGCUUCAGACCUCUGUCGCAGGACAAAGAUUCAUGGCUGAAGCCGAUUUUCAUGAGCUGUCCAACACGGUCUUGGCAGAGACGAAAAGGGAUUUAUCACGUUUGCACCUUGCCCUUGAGGAUUGCUUCGACGAGGAUAUCACAUCGUUUCUUGGGGCGCGAGGAGAACAUUGGAAUGAGAAUGCGCUUGAGCAGGUCUAUAAAUGGUCCAAGACUCUUUCAACAUCGGAUUACUAUGACUGCUGCAAAUGGUUGGGAGUCACACUAAUCAUUCAGGAAGGUGAAAUCACCACAUUCAACUUGAACAGGGAUCUGAUUUGGCAGAUGCGUGCUGAACUCGAGCAGCAGUGGGAAAUCCUGGAGGAUGAUAUUUCGCAGAUCUUUGACAGGACGUUUUCAGACUUGGAAAUCACCACCAACAAAUUUUUACGUGAUGUUCGCCCGGCUGUGGACUCUUCCAAGAGGCCAGUCUUGGAAGAAGUCUUCAACUCUCAUGCUUCAGCCUUGAAGCACGAUAUCGAGGUUGCGAAAACUAAAUUUUCCAGUCAUAUGGAGCAUUUACACCAUCUCUAUUCGGAUGCUGGGACGACCUCGAUUGUCUCGGAAGUAAUGUCGCCAUCCUAUCGUAAAGCCUCUCAUGCUUGGUAUGAGGGUGGACCAAAAGAUGUAGCCGAAUCGCAAGAAGUCAUCACAGAGUUCCUGAAGGACCAGAAACUCUUCAAGGGUAUGAUGAGCUCACUGUCGGGCAGAGUUCGCCGCUUUAUGGCUGAGACCUUGGAGAUUUUGGGCUCCGAAGUGGCUACACGCGUGGCAGAUGUUGUCAACCAGACUGAGACGAUGCUGAAGGAUGAGAUCAGCUCUCGGCCUUCAUCUGGAACCACUUCAAGUGACGAAGCUCUUGUUCUUCUAGCAGAAGGACUCCGCUCACAAGCUUCGACGCUGAAGAGUCGGCAUGCAGAUAUCGCGGCAGACAGGGCAGACCAGCCGCGGUAGGCUGAAGAAACAGCGCGAAAAUCAAAUUUGCCUCAUACAGACGCGUUUUCUUUUAAUAUAAGCCAUCAAGCUUUUGCUCUGAAAAGGCUCCUAGCUUAGGUAUUCGAAAACAAAUACGUACAACCCCUCUUUAUACAAUACUACUGA